CUAUUAUUAUUGUAUUGAAUUGAGUCUGAAUGGCGGGAGUAACUAUUUGCAUGAGCAACGAAACCUCACCUUUACGUACUCUCCUUCCAUUUAACGCACUUAAAAUAAUGGAACGGUGGAACAAAGAACAAACCAAUGAAAAAAACGGUGGAACGAGUGGAAACUGGAAACGAAAGAUAUCGUGGAAGAUGUGAAGAAAGAAGCGAAGGGGCGAGGUCCGAUAUUGGCUUUCAGGCCCCACUUGAAAUUCGUUUCCCGUGUUCUUGUUGGUUGGUAUCGGAUGCGCAUCCAGUGACCAAUCAUCGUGGAGAACCAAAGGUACGAAUGAAAAGUGCAGUGGGUUGUUAUCGUGGCGGAACGGCGGAUGUUACGUAUCUGGGUGCCAAGUGAGUGACUUGAGAGCAGCGGACACUCGGUCGGACGCGAGCCAGCGGUAAAUAUAAACAGCGAGCCGAGACGAUGUUUCCAAACUGCUGAGGUUCGAGUGAGCAAAACCCGGAUACUCAGCAGCACUCCUCUUUCUGUCCCGAUCGAAGACGACAACAAGCAAUGGAGGCUCGCCUUCCUCUCUGACAAUCUCGUCCGACCGUCCACUGGGCCAAUUUUUGCAAAUUCGCCCAGGGUUGUCCGCGUCUGAUGGUGGCGAGAGCCGCUGCUCGCAUCAGCCACACCUAAUUCUCAGAAGCAGCACUGCCGAGGCUUCUCCGCUCCACCAUGGCGUUUAGCGAGAAAGUGGACCCGGAGUUGAUAUUCACGAAGCAGGAGCGGAUUGGCAAGGGGUCAUUCGGGGAGGUGUUCAAGGGUAUGGACAAGCGGACCCAGCAGGUGGUGGCCAUCAAGAUCAUUGACUUGGAGGAGGCUGAAGACGAAAUCGAGGACAUACAGCAGGAAAUCAUGGUGCUCAGUCAGUGCGACUCGCCCUACGUCACCAAGUACUUUGGCUCCUACCUCAAGGGCACCAAGCUGUGGAUCAUCAUGGAGUACCUGGGCGGCGGCUCGGCGCUCGAUCUCAUGAAGGCUGGGAGCUUUGAGGAGAUGCACAUUGCUGUGAUUCUGAGGGAGGUCCUCAAAGGUCUAGACUACCUGCACAGUGAAAGGAAACUCCACAGAGAUAUUAAAGCUGCCAACGUGCUGUUGUCAGAAAUGGGAGAUGUGAAGCUGGCAGACUUUGGUGUUGCGGGCCAGCUGACAAACACAACGAGCAAGCGAAAUACGUUUGUGGGUACGCCAUUCUGGAUGGCGCCAGAGGUGAUCAAGCAGUCAGCGUAUGACUCAAAGGCGGACAUCUGGUCGCUGGGCAUCACGGCCAUUGAGCUGGCCAAGGGCGAGCCGCCAAAUUCGGAGCUGCACCCCAUGCGUGUGCUGUUCCUCAUUCCAAAAAACAACCCUCCCCAGCUCACCGGCUCAUACAGCAAGCACUUCAAAGACUUUGUUGAGGCGUGUCUCAACAAGGACCCAGACAAUAGGCCAACGGCCAAGGAUUUGUUGCGGUUUCCCUUCAUAAGGAAAGCCAAGAAGAAUUCCUACUUAGUAGACCUGAUAGACAGGUACAAGAAGUGGCGAACGCAGCGCAGCGAGGAGAGUGAGACCGAGUCCGAGAACUCUGACUCGGAGGAGUCGAAGGGUGGCAGUGAUUUGGACGAGCCUUGGAUAAUGACUGUGAGGGGUGUUCCUGGGCACACAGUGCCGUUAGAGAACAGAAACAAGAACCAGGAGCAGCUGCAGUUCCAGUUGAUCAACUCGGGCGGCGAAAACAACAAUCAACAGAAUGGUAGUAAUAGGGAGCACAGGAGUAGUGAGAAGCAGAAAUCUGUGCAGGUGUCCUCAACACCUGUGCAUGCGCCAAGCCCUGUUGCCGAGAGCAUCAUGUCUUCGGCAACAGCUGCGGCUAGCAAGCCGAGGAACCACAUAGUGGAGCCAACGAAAGACAACGAGUCGCGGCUCACCGUCAAAGCUUCAUAUCUGACCGACGUUAUUUGCCCAAUAAUCAAUGAGCUUCACAAAAAACAAGGCAUUCCUGCUGAAGAGAUAAAAGGGGCGUUUGAAUUGGCAGAGAGUACAAGUCCAGGUAUCAGCGACAUAUUCGUCCACGCCAUUGUACAAAAGCUGCUGCCAUCAAUAUCGGAAAAGAGGAUUCGAAAUGCCAUCAACAAGAAUAUUUAGGCUUCGUUUCGCUUAACAACACACAGAUUUAUAUAUCUAUGUAAUUAAAUAUUAAAACGCUGCAGAUAAUUAUAUAUAUAUAUAUUACGAAAAAAUCAGAACAUAGUUUCUCCUAAACAAAGGCAAGUUGUGUAUAAUUUGUUCCAACGAUUGUGUAUUAAUUUAAAUUGUUUUAAAACAUAAAAUAAUUUUGAUAUUUUAUUUCCGCGCCUUUCAUUGCCUCCAUCAAAAUCAUAUUCUGUGAAGGAUAAAUGCCAAUCUCAUUUACAAUCUGUAUUUUGGCGAUAAAAAUUAAAACCGGCAUGAGUUGAUUUGUUAAAGUU